UUUGUGUAUGGUCUGUCGGUGUCCUGUCAGCCCUGGCACCGGACUACACGGCUCGGCGUCGCAGACAUGUAGACGCGGAGACAGAGCGAUGGACGGCGACGCAGCGCCGAUGCGGAUUAAACAAACCAUCCGUGUGUCAACAGGCAGCUGCUAGCGUUUCCCUUUCAGUCCGGUUGGAUUUAAUUGCGGCGUCUGCUACAUCUGCAAGGAGGGAGAAUAAAUAGAAUAGCCGGUAGAGCCACUGCAACAGGGGGGUCAAGAGCAACGGAUUGAGUCAGCGGAGGCACAGGGACCCCGUCCGACCAGCGGGACCCCACCCGGCCGCAGCAUCCGCUGCUGCGCCGGAGCUCACCGACGGUCGCAGCUGUCAUCCAGAGAUCCCAAAGAGGGAGAUGAGGGAAGAAUGUGAAAACCCAUCUGGUAAGGAGUGCAUGAAAGAACGACAAAGUAAAGGAAAAACACAAGAGCAAGAAGCAAAUAAGGAGGGAAACAAAUCCAACGGAGGAGAGAAAGGGCAACCUGAAGGAGGAGAAAAAGGAGGGUGGGAGCUCUAAGGAGCUCCAGAGUUGGAAGUAUUCUAGAGAGGAAAAUCACACAGUCCUGCAAGAGACAGAUAUGUUUGAAAGUGAAAGAAAGGAAGCUCAACCGGACAAAUAAGCUGGGAGCUUUGGAAAGGAAGGAACAGAAAGCAAGAUACAUGUUCAGCAGGGAAGAAACAUCUGGAUGGUCUCCACAGGGACGGUCAGCAGGUUUUCGCCCCUCCGAAGAUGGCCUCCAACUUCAAUGACAUCGUCAAGCAGGGCUAUGUACGCAUGCGCAGCCGUAAGCUGGGGAUCUAUCGCCGUUGCUGGCUGGUGUUCAAGAAGUCGUCCAGUAAAGGACCUCGUCGUCUGGAGAAAUACCCUGAUGAGAAGUCUGCCUACAUCAGAGCCUGUCCUAAGGUGACAGAGAUUAGCCACGUCAAGAAUGUCACACGGUUGCCUCGAGAUACCAAGCGACAGGCAGUGGCCAUUGUCUUUCCAGACGACACCUCACGCACCUUCACCUGUGAAUCAGAGUUGGAGGCAGAGGACUGGUUUAAGACACUGUCAAUCGAGUGUCUGGGUACACGGCUCAAUGACAUCAGCAUGGGAGAGCCCGACCUCCUGGCUGCUGGAAUGCAGUGUGAACACACAGAGCGAUUCAGCGUGUUCCUCCUCCCCUGUCCUAACCUGGACAUCUAUGGGGAGUGCAUGAUGCAGAUCACCCACGAGAACAUUUACUUGUGGGACAUUCACAACCCUCGCGCCAAGCUGGUCACCUGGCCACUGUGCUCUCUGCGGCGCUAUGGACGUGAUGCCACCCGCUUCACCUUCGAAGCCGGACGGAUAUGUGACAGCGGUGAAGGCCUCUACACCUUCCAGACCAGAGAAGGAGAACAGAUCUACCAGAGGGUUCACUCCUCUACAAUGGCCAUAGCAGAGCAGCACAAGAAGGUCCUACUGGAAAUGGAGAAAAACAGCAGACUGAUGUCUAUGGGCUCAGAGCCUGGCUCCUACCCCUGUACACCCACUGCUAUCCUGCCGCGAUCCGCUUACUGGCACCACAUCACCGGAAACCAACCAGGCAGUGGUGAUGCUGCAGAAGACAACUUGCUGUCCACCCACCUGUCUCCUGACCACCAUGCCACGCUGCCUCGGACAAAUACACAUGCACAGUCCCAGCUGCACAUAUCCACACACUCCUCAACACACUACCCCACGUACCCUGGACAGUGACACACACACAGAGGAAGACAUGGACAGUGAAAAAGAUGGGGACACGAGACGCAUACUCUCUUGUAUGAAGGCACACAAAAUUGACUGAAAUAAACACAGUCCCCCUCCUUACUUUGUUUUUACAGCCCAACUAAAUGUGUCCUUACGGGAGAUGUUGUAAAGGGACCAAUAUUAGCCAGCCACUCAUCUUUGCAGAAAACAGGAAGAUAAAACUAAAUUUUACACAAGACUGCAAGGAAAUUUUAUUUCCUUAUGUGACUGCAGCCCCACAAUUCAACAAUAAAUGGGGGAUACUGGGAAACUCUGACUGGCAGAAUGGCAUAUAUUGCCUACUGAUUAUUCCAAAAUUUAAUUAAAGAGUUUGGUCUAGACAUGUUCUAAUUGGAAAGUGUCAUGAGAUAACUUUUGUUAUGAACUGGCACUAUAUAAAUAAACUGAAUUUAAAAAACAAAUCAAUUAAUGAUUAGUAAUACAAGAGUUAAGAGCUAUCAGUAUGCUUUAAACCAUCUGCAACCACAAUUCCAAAAUAUUUGACACAGUGUAUAACAAAGAUAAAACAGAAUGUGAUGAUUUGCUAAUCCUUUUUGACAUGUGAUUAAUUGAAAUUAGUACAAAGACAAUUAUAUUUAAUAUUUUAAUUGAUCAACUUAAUAGAUUUUUGAAAAUCUAUACUUAUGCUGAAUGUGAUGCCAGCGACACAUUUCAAACAAGUUGGGUCAGUGGCAUGAAAGGCUGGGAAAGUUGUGAAGUGCUCACACAGCACCAGUUUGGAGCACUGAACAGGUAAACAGGUUCAUUAGCAAAAGGUGAUAGUAUCAGGACUGGGUGCGAAAGGGGCAUCCUCGAAAGGCUCAGUCGUUCACAAGCAAGGAUGGGCUGAGGUUCACUACUUCGUUAAAUACACGGUUGUAUAAAGGAUAUUACUACAUGGGCUCAGGAACCCUUUGCAAAACUGUUGAUGGUAAACAACUUUUGAAUGUGGAACAGGUAUAAACACUUUUGCGAUGUGUUUGAUGGCACAUUGUAGAACCUAGUUCAUUUGAAGCAUGCUAAGGCCUUUACAAACAAAACUAUGAUUUGGUGGUGGGUUGUUUUUUUUUUUCAUGGGGAAUAUGCAGAAUUCCAAAUUUCCAGUUUUUUUUUUUUUCUUUACAUGGUUUAGUAGAAGGCUGGAGGACCAAAUGACUGUUGGAUUAACAUCAAUAACACCCUGUCCCUGUCAGACUAAAUACUGCAUUGAUUCAGACUGCAUGGUGCUGUAAUGGCACCACAUGGACUGUACUAUCAUUGGAAAUAUACAGACACCUAGCAUUCCCAAGUGGAAAAUUCCCAGUGUACCCAUGCCAGCUAACCCACCUAUCUGAAGAACACUUGAUAAUUUUGCCGUAUCUGUGUGUCUGGAUCAAUGCCUUUGAUUUAGCUGAUAAUUAAUGUGACUUUGCAGUCACUGCAUCUGUUUACUGUGUUGAGGUUUUGAACAGCUCUGACUUAUGGAAGGAAACUGAUAUGUUUUUAUGGAUUGGCUCUUGUGCUAAACUGGAUAUUCACCUUCAGAACUUCAGACUCUCUCUGGGAUGUAACCUAUUACCCUUCCUAAUAGCCACAUGCAUGUUUAGAGGUGGAAGAGGAGCUUAUAAUGUGGAGGUCAACAAAUACGGAUUUUUUGGACACAAUACUGAUGAUACAUUUGGAUUUAAACUGCCAAUAACUGAUAUUCAGUGUGUUUGUCUUUGACUGCUUGAAUGACAGAUAUUAAUGUUUGACUCAUAGCUUAUUUCUUACUAGAGUCACAAAACCUUAAGUACUGAAAUGGGAAACUCUGAACGCACUGGAGAAAAUUAGGGGUGUGUUUCGGCUUGGAGGUGUGGGGCAUUUUGUUGUGCAGGGUUAGGUUUGGGUUUGGUUAUUUUCUUUAUUUCUCUCUCUGACUAUUCAGUAGUCUGCUUCUGUGUAUCAUGUAUUUUGAGAAAUGCAAGGUGAGGGAAGCCUCAGAAAUGUGUUGCAUUAGGACAGUGACCAGGUCUGAGUGACGGACAUGGAUAAGGGCUAGACGAUGCUCCCGGUUUUAGGUCCAAGCAGAACUCUGUUAUAGGUGUGAGCACGCAAUUUGCAAAACAAAAAUUAUGUGUUCCAGAUAAUGUGGUUAAAAUGUUCUCUGAUCAUUUAGAUGCAAGUUGUUUUUGCUCCACUCCGUGUUCAAACUCCUCAGUUAUGAAGCUGCAUGCAACUGUUGCAGGCUGAUAAUGUUGAUGCUAAAGAUGAAUUGUGGCUCUAGGUAAAAAUGCGAGAUAUUACAAGGUUAAAAGUAUGAAAAUAAGAUGUAAGAAAACAGAAUCAUCCUUCAAUAAUUCAUUCACAAAGGUAUGUAACAUUAUCAGCAUCUUCGAAGGUGAAAGUCUUCCCAUGAAUGUAGGAUUGAUCAGAUUAUAUUAUCACCUUAUCGUUAAAGUGCAUCGUAAUCAUGUUUGACCCUUGUGUGGGUGAAAUAUAUCUGCCUAUAUUUUUUGUGGCACUAUAGUGUGAAUGAUUCUUAGGAUAAUCUAUUUACAUUCUAACCACAGUAAUCUGUUUCCCACUACUUACCUCAAAUCUGUCUGUUUGAGCAUUUAAGAAUGCUGUCAAAGCGGAAAGACAGGGAACAAACACCCUUUCAUCACCACAGCUUCACUUACUGCCUUUGCCCCUCCCUCUUACUUUACAUAUUAUUUAUCUGACAAAGAGCUUCGCUAUUAAUUUCCUUGGAACUUUAGAGGUGAGCUAGUGGUGGGAGAGAAAUGAUAAGCCAAGAAGGACAGACUGACAGAAAAAGAAGAAGUUGACUCAUGUUUUUAUUAACUCACGUUCUGCCUUUUGAUUCUAUUACAAGGGGUUAAGACUGUUAAUCUGAUAGUAGAGAUUUUUCCACAGUAAUGCGACAUAUGGGAACACACCGACCACCUUUUGCACCAUUAGAAUGCCUCAUAUCUAGAUCUGAGUAAGUUUGAUUAAUGCUGGUAAUCCUUGUACCACUUGUGUUUUGUAGUGUUUUUAGGUCAUUUUAACAGGACAAGGCUAAGCAAUUUGUUGAUUGUUUACAUUAUGUAAUUUUCUGUGAAAAUGUGCAUUGUCUACUUACAUACUGUGUAAUUUAUUUCUUUUUCUUCCUUUUUUUCUAGCAUUUUGGGUCUACGUAGGCUAUUGCUAUUUAUUUCAUAUAAAACGUCUGUGUGUGUGUGUGUGUGAGAGAGAGAGAGAGAGAGAGGGAGAGAGAGAUUGAAAGAGAGAGCAAAAUGCGGAAUUAUUAUUGAAAUGUGUGCAUUCAAAAUGCAGACACCAGGUUUUCAUCGCUUUUAAUGUUGAUCGAGCAGAAGAUAGCCGGUCCACACUUUGUUAGCAUGGCCUUUUGCACAUAAAUCUGCCCCUGAGUGAACCACAAGAACCCAUUAACUAUCUUCUGCAAUGUCUGCUCUCACAGUGUGGGUCACUUUGGCUGUUGAUUAAUUACAAUCAUGUCCUCUGUGCUGCGCUGUUGUUCUUGUUGUGUAAGGAACCUGUAGCAGGAGGAAUGCUACAGAUAGGUGUCUCAUUAAAAAGAUUUAGACCAGCAGGGCUAGUGGUGAAAACUCUGUCUUGAAUUAGCUCAACAAACUGAACCAGGAUUAAACUGGCAACUCUGAGUUAUUGAGAUCAAAAUUCAAAUCUGAACCUCAAGCACAGAUGCCAUUAAUAAUGAAAACACACAUCUAAAGAUAAACAGAUAAUUAGGAAGAAAAUAAUACAGCAAAUCAAACAAAACUGCUUCAACAAAACAAAGGAAAGGAAAACAUGUAGCAGCAUAUUGCAGACCAGGAAGUCUGUUGCUAACUGCUACAAACAGACAAGUGGAGGUGAACCAACAAUCCAUGAACUCUCCUGUAAGCACAAUUUGUUACGGUACUCUGCUUUUAAUCGUGCACUCAUUUUUGUUCCACAUCUUAUUAUGAGCUUUUUGAAUUUUCUUGGACUUAUAAGUGCUGAAGAUUGAUGCAAAAAAAAUGCAAGAUGCAACAUCACAAUAAUUGUCUUUUAUUUACAAGGCCAAAAAUAAUAACAUUUGCAGACAAAUGCUUAGUUUACUCAUGAUACUUCGUUUGUAUAAGAGACAUACUAGCCUUUGCAUGGUGAAAGUACUUGCUUGUCUGCCUUUCUAGUAUUUUGAGAGUGGUACUUCUGGGUAUCUUUUUAAUUUCGUUGAUUUGCAUGAGAGAAAAUGGGGAAAAGUCUGCUUUCACUAAAGCUACUGCCACAGGCCAAACAUACCUUUAAUUUAAUUUACUUGGAUAUCCUAAAGCAAACAAGACCACAGGAACCGUGGUGCUUUGAGCUAAUUACUAAUAUCAGUACUUUGUCAUUCUCACAACUACGGUGUUAACCUGUUGGUGGUUAGCAGGUUAUUUCCAUUUCAUUGUGUCAGAUUAGCAUAUUGGACACUAAACACAAAGGAUAGCUGCAGGUGAUUGGAAUGUCGUUCAUACUGUAGGUAUUCGAAAUUGAAAUUUUGACCUGAUGAUGUCACUUGAUUAAAAGGAUCAUGAACACAGUUGUCUGUACUGCUGUUGGCACUAGAGUGGAUCACCAACAUCAGUGGGAUACAUGAUUUGAACACUAUGAAUGUCUGUGCCAGUCCAUCCAGUAUAUUUUCAUAUUUUGCUAUUUUGCUGAAUAAGCAAGAAUGCGACCUGCUGCUGAAGCUACAUUAAAGUCAGAAGACCACUAAACUCACUGUGAUUUGUCAGGGGGGCCAUGAAAGUCAACAAAACUUCAUUUCAAUCCAUCCAGUAUUUGUUGAGAUAAUUCAGUCCGUGUUAGAGAGGUGGACUGACCAAAGCGCUUUUAUAAAACAGAAUUUUCUGGAAAGACGCUGAAUUGACUGAGGCAGGUGUGGCUUUACUUUUGAUGUUGCUUUAUAAAUCACCACUCCGCAUGUAAAUGACACAAAUUCCUAAGUGAAAGAGGUGGUUAAUGGAAAUGACUUGGAAAAGGAUGGAAAAUGACAGUGCUGAAGGUGUUCCUCUAGCUUGCUUUGAAAACACUAGACAGUGAUAGUGUGUGCUUGUGAUUGUGGUGUUGUCACGGUAACAGUUGUGAGCUCUCAUCAUUGGCUGUGACCUUCCCUUAGCUUUGUGAUGGAUAGCAAAAUCUUCUCAGCCAUUUACACUAUCUGCACCAAGGGCAUGUUUUUUUGUUUUUGUUUUUGUUUUGUUUUUUAGAAAAAUAAAGUCAAUGACUUACUCAUGAGUGUAGCUUUCUAUUUAAUUCUUUGCUUCUGUAGCCUAUGUUCACAUGGUGUUUAAACUAGGUUUAGGCUAAUAUAGAAAUGUUCAAACCGGCUUGAUGUUAAGCCAAAUACCUAUAAUAUUGAAUCAUACCAUUAGAUGUCAUACUUGACUCACCUGCUCACCUCUAAAUAGAAGAGCGUGUGGCCACCCUACGUAUAGAUGCUCUAAAUCUAUGGUAGCUGUACCGUAACUGCAACAGGGCUCCAGUUGCACUCUUGCGGACUACGCGACACACCCCCGACACCUUUUCCUAACCCUAAACAAAUAGUCUGGGUGCUUGGACAUUUUAAGAAACAAUUUGAGUUGAACUUGGUG